GGGAUACCUCACCUAAAAGUCACCGAAGUAAUGGCCACUCGGAAAGAGAACGUGGAAACGACUCUUGUUGAUUAUUUUGUGGUUGCUGGAUACGAUCCGGACACUGGAUUAGUGGUGGACACCUCAUGUGAAACUUGUGUAUGGGGAGAGAAUAAGCGAACACCUGACUCGAAGGGUUGUAAACCACCUCUGGAGCGCUCGUUCGUAGCCAAAAUCUUACAUCAUUUCCCACAGAAACGAGUAGGAGCACAGUUUUCCAACGAUGUGCUAUCGCUAUGUAUGCCAAAGGGUCUUCGAUUUUUUACGGAGAAAAAUGUUCCGUUAAAUAUAACACUACAUACAUUCGCAAACAUUCGAGAGGAUGGUAGUCGGAUUAACGGAACUGUCUUAACCUUUUACGAGUCGAUGUCGUUAUUGCAUACCGACCACGUACGUAAACUUACAGCUGAAGAACCAUCAUUUGAUCGUGAGCGAGCACACGUUCCACCUGGAACAGUGUCAGGUGGAACCCAUACUUUACCACGUGGCCGGAGAAAUAAGACUAAACGGAUCUCUUACUAUGACGGGAGUGGUCAGAACACAUUAUUUAUGAGUAAAGCUUUAUGCUUAAUCACUCGGCUUCCAUUGGUGUGCUCAACAACUACAAUUCUGAGAAAACUGCAUGAAGUGCUUGUGAGCAGCACUGAACCUGUUUUGCCUCUUGAAAGUUAUAUCUACUGGAUCCUUAACGAAAUACCACUCCCAUCUCCUGGCACCACAUUAAAGGUCGCGAUGUUAAACUCCACAAUCCUUGUACAAAGACCAGGCUUACGAGAAUUGCCAAUAUUUGACGACUCCUUGGGAGCGAUGUUUCAGGUAUGGUGCCAAGAUUAUCUGCAGUAUGUGGCUUUUCUCGCUGUACUGUUAGCUCCCAAUAUUUCUUGUUAUAGUAUAUCUCCGUGGAGAAGUUCUUGA